CCAGAGGCGGCUUUACGGCAUUCAGCCCUCACAAGGUUUAAAUAGGCAAACUUGGCUCUUUGGUCGUCAUAAAUGUUAGCAUUGCUGCUACAUUAGAAAAUAAGCGAACUCACUCGCAUGUAUGAAUAAAAGACAACCAUUCAAUGAACGUUCAGUUAAACUUGUAUAAAAAUACCAAUAGCGCCAUCAGUGUUGUCUAUCCUGAUCUUUGAGGACUUCCUGACCUUCCGGAUGAAAAAGAUGUCAGUGGGAGAUAAAGUUUCUUCAAACAGGCUGAACCAUUGGGUGGAUCCAUCUUUCACUGAUUUGUCAGCGGUGAACUCGUCUGCUUCUGGAAAGAAAAGGGGUUGCCAGGGUUUGGGUUCCAAAGCUGAGCGUAAGAGGCCCCGAAAGAGGAAAGGAGACACCUGCGGCUCGGACCCACACACAACCUACUUACGGAAACACUCUGGCCACCAGGACCAAGAUGAAGCCUGGGUGGACAGACACAUUGCGUGUUCAAAGGUUGAGCUGGCAGUCCACAAGAAGAAGAUAGAAGAAGUGGAGAAUUGGCUAAGAGUUCAUACAAACACAUCGCAGGGUGGAAUAUUACUACUGACCGGACCAUCAGGCUGUGGAAAGACCGCUACAGUACAGGUUUUGUGCCGUGAGCUGGGCCUAAGGAUCCAGGAGUGGACCAAUCCGACGACCCUGGACUCAUACACAAACAAUCACCAUGACUGGAAAAUGAACAUUUUUCCCAGCAGCUCACAGUCAACCCAAUUCCAAGAGUUUAUCCUGAGGGCCAACAAGUACAACCCCCUGAAGAUGAUGGGUGACGGCAGCGCUCCGAACAUGAAGCUCAUAUUGGUGGAGGAAUUCCCCAACCACUUUUACCGGCAGCCUGGCAGUCUACAUGAUAUUCUCAGGUGCUUUGUGAAGACCAGUCGAUGUCCCCUCGUGUUCAUUGUGUCCGAUAGCCUGAGUGGCGACAGGAGCUCAAGAUUCCUUUUUCCAACAGAAAUCCUGGAUGAGAUGAACAUCAGCAGCAUCAGUUUUAAUCCAGUGGCUCCGACCACCAUGAUGAAGGUCCUGACUCGAAUUGCAACCCUCGAGAGCGGAAAGCAGAGCGGUGGAAGAGUCGCUGUCCCGGAUCAGGCGGUGUUGGAGAUGUUGUGUUCAGGAAGUUCGGGAGACAUUCGCAGUGCCAUUAACAGCCUGCAGUUCUCCUCCAUCCAAGACACUUCUUUAGCGAAAGAGAUGUCGUGGAGGGACAAACUGUUGACAACACAAAGUAAGGGAGCGUCCAAACCCACCUUAAGGAAGAAGUCCAAGUCAACAAAGGUGAAGGAGGAAGACCAAACGGUUGGGAUGAAGGACGCUUGUCUGUUCCUGUUCAGAGCGCUGGGAAAAAUACUGCACUGCAAAAGAGGAAGUUCUGAAGGUGCGGAAAGUUCCAGCGUGCUUUCUUUACCAGCGCACCUUUGCAAACAUCACAGAGAAUCAUUACAGGUGGACCCUGAGUUGGUUGUAGAACGUUCACAUAUGUCCGGGGAGUUCUUCAACCUUUACCUCCACCAGAAUUACCUGGAUUUCUUCUCGGAGAUUGAAGAUGUGGAUAGAGCCAGCGAGUACCUGUCUGACGCCGACCUCCUGACGUCUGACUGGACGAGUCGCAGUGUCUUGGGAGAGUAUGCAUCUUCAGUGGCCACCAGGGGCCUCCUCCAUUCCAACUCCCAACAAGUAUCUGUUGGUUUCAGACCCCUUCACAAACCCCAUUGGUUGCUCGUCACCAAGAAGCACCGUGACAACUGCCUGGUUGCUCAGUGCUUGUUUCGGAGCUUCUGUAUGACACCGCUCAGCCUUCAGACUCAGUUGUUACCAUACCUGGCCAAGCUCACCAACCCCUUGAGGAACCAAGGUAACACCUGUAUGCUCAUUCACAUCUGGAUUCCACCAACAUGUUUUCUUGUUUCCUAUUGUUCAUUACUGUAUGUUCGUUCGUUCUUUCUCUUUCUUUCUUUCUUUCUUUCUUUUUUGUUUCCUAUUGUUCCUUACUGUAUGUUUCUUUCUUUAUUUCUUUAUUUCUUUCUUUCCUUCUUUCUUUCUUUCUUUCCUUCUUUCUUUCCUUCCUUCCUUCCUUCUUUCUUUCCUUCUUUCUUUCCUUCUUUCCUUCUUUCUUUCCUUCUUUCUUUCCUUCUUUCUUUCCUUCUUUCUUUCCUUCUUUCCUUCCUUCUUUCCUUCCUUCCUUCUUUCUUUCCUUCCUUCUUUCUUUCCUUCUUUCCUUUUUCCUUCUUUCCUUCUUUCCUUCCUUCCUUCCUUCCUUCCUUCUUUCCUUCCUUCUUUUCUUUCCUUCUUUCUUUCCUUCUUUCCUUCCUUCUUUCUUUUCUUCUUUCCUUCUUUAUUUCUUUCCUUCCUUCUUUCUUUCCUUCCUCUUUCCUUCCUUCCUUCCUUCCUUCCUUUCCUUCUUUCUUUCCUUCUUUCUUUCUUUCCUUCUUUCUUUCUUUCCUUCUUUCUUUCUUUCCUUCCUUCUUUCUUUCCUUCCUUCUUUCUUUCCUUCCUUCUUUCUUUCCUUCCUUCUUUCUUUCCUUCUUUCUUUCCUUCUUUCCUUCCUUCUUUCCUUCCUUCUUUCCUUCCUUCUUUCUUUCCUUCCUUCCUUCCUUCCUUCCUUCUUUCCUUCUUUCCUUCUUUCCUUCUUUCUUUUCUUCUUUCCUUCUUUCCUUCUUUCCUUCUUUCUUUCUUUUCUUCUUUCUUUCUUUUCUUUUUUCCUUCCUUCCUUCCUUUCUUCCUUCCUUCUUUCUUUCCUUCUUUCUUUCCUUCUUUCUUUCUUUCUUUCUUUCCUUCUUUCUUUCUUUUCUUCUUUCCUUCUUUAUUUCUUUCCUUCCUUCCUUCCUUCCUUCCUUCCUUCCUUCCUUCCUUCCUUCCUUCCUUUCCUUCCUUCCUUCCUUCCUUCCUUCCUUCCUUCCUUCCUUCCUUCCUUCCUUCCUUCUUUCCUUCCUUCCUUCUUUCUUUCUUUCCUUCCUUCUUUCCUUCCUUCUUUCCUUCCUUCUUUCCUUCCAUCCUUCUUUCCUUCUUUCUUUCCAUCCUUCUUUCCUUCUUUCUUUCUUUCUUUCUUUCUCAGGUCAGAUAGCAUUCAUCCAGGAUGUAGGUCACAUGUCACUGAAGAGGUUUCCUGGCAGGUUAAAACUGGAAGCCUUGGCAGAUAAAGAGUCAGGGCAGCUGGACAUGGAUGAUGAUGAUGAUGAUAAGGCGAUAGAUCUUGUACAGGAUAGAUCCGAGGAAGGUCUACCGGCCAGUCAACCUCAGCCACCAACAAGCAGUCUCGAAGAAGAAUACGAUGAUGUGAGCAUUGAGGAUUACAGUAGUGAUGAAAACAACCCAUACUUACCAUAAUGUGUCUUUCUUUGUCAUUGCUUGUGUUGUGUUGAAUUCCUCUUCAAAAUGUAGCACUUCAAUAUUAGAGUCCUUCAUAUGCAAUAAAUAAUUUUGUGGAUGAUAUGUUCAUAUUCCCAUGCUUAUAUACGGGGGUUGUAACAACGCCACCUUAAAUAAAUCAGCAUCCCUCCGGUU